AUGACAGCCGCCGUGGAGAAGCACUUCAGCGUCUUUUUGGACAAUGCCAAAUUGCGGUCAGGCCAAACUGUGCAAAGCUGGGAACAAGAAAAGACCAGCCUUGUUUUGGACUUCGACACAUUUUAUAAGCAUGAGUGUUCAAGCCUGCCCUCUGAUCUUCCAGAACAGGCCCUGACGGUCUUAAAAAGACUCCAUGCAAGGGCCAAAGAGGGUAUCGAAGCGAUGUUCAACACCUGCAAAGCUUCACAACGCAAAGAUGCCGAUGAUUUCGGAACCGGUCUAACGAAGCUGGCAUCCACUGUCAAGAAGACCAGUGACAAAGAGAUUCUACGAUUGGAAGACGAGGCCCAUAAAUCCAGGUUGGCCGUGGAAUCCUUCAAGCGUCAAAUCAAGUCACGCUUAAAUGACAGCCGGGAGCCCGAGUCAGUCGAAGUUGUGGAAGACCGCAGAGAGAAGAGAGCUGCCACUCCGAUUAGCGGUGGAAUGGGAUUCGACAUAGCCCAUCGUAGGGCAACAGGGAGAGGCCCUCGUACACCGUCCUCACAGACUCGCGCUCAAAGGAUUUUAGCCCAGAGACAAGCCCCGACUUUACCGGUUGUCUUACCCGUUUCUAGGAAUGUUCCUGCUCGCUCACCCACAAGAGUUCCUGCUAGAAGCGUUGUCCAGGGGGCAUCUUAUCGUGCCCCUAGUCCCGCAACGGUAUCACCGGCAAUGAGGACCACUUCGACUGCAAGAAAAUCACAAGCGCCCAAAGGCAUGCAAUCUGAAGAACUCGGAGAUAUACACCCUAUAAUGGAAGAGACGAUGAGGUUGGGCUCGGCAAUCAGCCAAGAAUACGAAGAUAAUCUGCAUAUGCUUGACGAAGAACAAUCCGAAUGGGAGAACAUGGAUGAAAUUGAUGAAGUACUAUGGCAAAGUUCAGAAGAUUCUCCUCAGGAUGACAGCUUCGAAGACCUUUCUGCCAGGAACAGCAGGCUUUCCAGAGAAAAGAGCAGGCUGAACAAGGAGAUUGCCAGUCUUCACGAGGAGAACGAAAAAUUCCAAGAGAUAAUCGAGGAGCUCAAGGGCAGCAACGAGAUGCUGACACGGGAGAAUGAAGACCUUCGCAUGUACACAGGCAACCAAGGACAACCUGCCGGGAACGCCAAUCAAAUUGGAAUUGAUGAAGACCUAGAUUUCCCAACGUCACUACCUAGGGUACCAACGAUACCCCAUACUCCAACAACAGCAGGCAUACCCGGCUCACCACUGUCAACGCCGAGAGCACACAACAUCUCAACUGACACAUCCAAAAUGAAUUCACCAUUGACACCUCUCCCACUAGCCAGGGCUGCAACAAAUGAUUCAAUUCGAAGUGAUUGGGGCAAACCUAUCGGCACGCAUUUCCCCGGAUCUCUACACAGAUCCGACACAUCAGACAUGGCUUCACCAGACGAUGUAGGCCCAUACACUGGUACUAUGAGUGAUGUCAUGGCGCUCCUCAGGUCAGCAGUUGUGCGCUGCAACAAAGACAUACAGACAUGUCACAAGGAGAAGAAAACUUCACCUGGGCACGAAACCCCUACGAAUUUCCUGUUUGAAUCCUGGGAAGAUUCAGCGAGGAGGAACCGUCACGAUUUCCGCCAGACGAUUUCGUAUUUCCAAACAAUCUCUGGCAAAUCGUCUAGCAAAUCUCGGUCCCAUGCGAGCUCCAGCUCAUUGGGGGGAUCACCUCGUUCUGUAGGAAGCUCCUUCACGGCCACCAAUACAUUCAAAUCGUUCGGCGGCGAUUUCGCUGAAGGCGUAGGGUGGGAUUCCCCAGCAUUUGUUCCUCCCAAGUCUGGAAACGCUCCGGGGCUUACCAACCCAGAGGGCAAGCUUCAUGAGCCGAAGACUGCACAAGAAUCUCCCCCUAUGGAAGGCUCUGUUGAUAAAAAGGGUUCUACUCAGGGAGGCAGUUCUUCUACGAGUGGAGGCAGCUCGAAGAAGAGCCAGUCUAAUCCCAAGGGCCAGCCCCAAAACUCGCAAAAGAGCUCUGGCUCCAGGACUGGAACAGGAGGCACCAAGUCAUCGAUAGCACAUGGAGAGAAGAGAGGCGACGAUGACGACGACGACAACGACGACAUCGUCAGAUCCUUGACACAUCCGAUGUUGGAAAAAUAUCGACAUACUGGAAUGCACCCGUUGUUUGUGGCUAUCAUACUCUACCUUGCGGUACGUUGGUCAAGUUUCAAAUUCUGGGUUGACCAACGGGUGCGCCGUCCCAUGCGUGAGUACAUCACACGCAAGCUGCCCUCAAGGUUCUCCUCACUUAGCACUGCAAUUGCUAUGAUCAUGUUGUUGAUUACCGGGUUCUUUUACUUGUACUUCAAAACAUACCUUGUUUAUUUGGUUGUACAAAAAGAACGGCAAAUGUGGCGUGACGGCAACAACGUGGCGAUGCGCCUUGAGCUGAAGAGAGCCGGUAAGCCAUCGGGAGUAUCACUCUGGGGCCUCAGCGAAGAACAAGGAUUGGUACGACAGAGUGUUGGCGACUUUGUGGAGUUUAUAUGCUGGUCUCUGGGCUUUACAGCUUUGAAGAACUCGGUGAGCGUUUGGGCGUUGAAUAUGUGGGCAGUUGUGUCUGACUCUGCUUCUUUUGCGUGGGAAGUAUGUUGUUGGGCGCUUGCCACGACAAAUUUGGUUCUGGGAAAUGGCGUAAAUACGGCUAUGCAUAGGGCAAAACUGGUCUUUGUUGGCGGGAAUUAG